AUGACGCUUUUCCGGUUCUCUACGAAGUUCCCCUCUACACACCACCGUGCUAUGACGGCGAUGUUUUGGUAAAAAAAAACUACUGCGUCGAAAAUGGGACGUAAAGACGUUUAAAACAUGCCCUUUGGAUCUAGUGGGACCUAAAGCGGGCUUGCAGGAGACACGACAGGCGUGUUUGACGAAGGUUUCCGAUCAGUCUUUAUGUAUAUUCUUCCGCAUGUCGGCCGCUUUCUUCGUAGAUGGUCUCUGGCGAGCGUUGUCUGACCGCGGAGCUCUCGACGAGUAACAUGAAGGAGAUGAUUGGAGGUUGCUGUGUGUGCUCAGACGAACGCGGCUGGGCUGAAAACCCGCUGGUUUAUUGCGACGGACACGGCUGCAACGUCGCCGUGCAUCAAGCCUGCUAUGGAAUCGUCCAGGUGCCGACUGGUCCCUGGUUCUGCAGGAAGUGUGAAUCUCAGGAGAGAGCAGCUCGUGUGAGAUGUGAGCUCUGUCCCCACAAAGAUGGAGCCCUCAAGAGGACAGACAACGGAGGCUGGGCCCAUGUGGUUUGUGCUCUUUACAUACCCGAGGUGGAGUUUGCAAACGUCUCAACUAUGGAGCCCAUAGUUCUCCAGUCUGUUCCCCAUGAUCGCUACAACAAGACGUGUUACAUCUGCGAGGAGCAAGGCAGAGAGAGUAAAGCAGCCACUGGAGCCUGUAUGACCUGCAACAAACAUGGCUGCAGACAGGCCUUCCACGUCACAUGUGCCCAGUUUGCAGGCUUGUUGUGUGAGGAACAAGGGUCUGAUGCAGAUAAUGUCAAAUACUGUGGAUACUGCAAAUACCAUCACAGCAAAUUGAAACACAAGGAGCGAGACCGACACAAACCGAAACAUAAGAAAGGCACGAUGGACAUGUCUCCUUCGCUCAUUCUCCCAAACAUCAUGGUCCCAGACAAGACCUACAACAGCAGCACCUCCGGGGGAGGCGUAACCUCUCUGCCGGCUGCCUCGCAGAAGCGAUUGGAUGAGAACGCAGCCCGGUUCACCAACGCCAACUUUCAGGAAGUGUCAUCUGCUCACUCGGGCAGCAGCUCCAAGGAUGGCUUGGCCGCCGACGCAAGCAAGACGGCAUCUGAGGUCAAGAAUAAGAAGAACACUGGGGGUCACACAGUGGGACCGAGGGGUGGGCGCAAGUCUCUCACCUCCUCAGGGAAACCCCUACCCUCUGCUGUGGUCACCAUGGCAACCUCCUCUACAUCUGCCUCCGCUUCCACGGGGCCUUUCCAUCAAGGUCUGCUGUUGACCAACGCCAGUAAGACGCCUGCUGCACCUUCCUCCUCUGACUACUUAAGUUUCUCAGAUCCAUCGCUGCGUCCCGGUGGUGGGACAACUUUCUCCUCGCCGCCGUCCUUCAGCAGUUGCCUUGUGAAACCCAGCUCAGAGGGCGGAGCAUCAGAGGGAACCGUGCCCCUCUUUGGCUCUCUUAUGUCUCCUACCACGGCCUCUACAGGAGUUUGCGGAAAGCUGUAUGAGAACUCCCUGAGUCACACAACGGGUGAGACGACGAGUCUCGUGGCGUCAACGGGUUAUAAGCGGCCUCCGCCCCCCAGCUCUGGCCUAGGGAUCGCCGCUGCUGCAGCUCCAGGAGGAGCUGAAGAUGGGGUGAAGAAGAAAAAGAAAGGCAACUGGAGAAACAGAUUUGGACCCUGCUUCACCACAGACGUGAAGCCUUCUGAGCCAGCUCCUUCUCUGACGCUCCCUACCUCCUCCCCAGCCAGCACCACCUCCUCCUCCACCGCCUCUGCUCCCUCCUCCUCGGUGCUCUUGGGCAGGUCUGGUUUAGUUCCCGGCAGCGGAUUGGGAGUGGGAAUGGGAGGAGGAGAGAGGGGGCUGGGGGUCAUGGGUGUCGGCGGUGGGAUUCAGAAGUCCCCGUCUCUCCUCAGGAACGGGGGUUUGCAAAGCAGCAGCAGCUCCUCCACCACCGGCUCAGGUGUCUUCUCUGCUUCCGAUGGGUCAUCGUCGGGGACGGGAGCUGUCUCCAUGGGCGGGGCAAGUUCCGAGUUGUCACAGCAACAGCAGCCCACACCUUCCCUGGCCCCUCCCUCUCCGUUCACAGCCACCGCACCUCUCAGCAGCACGGCCUCCGCACACGUGGGUGCCCUGCCGGGCUCAGCGUUCAACUUGGGCCCUCCACACAUGUUCGGCAACAGGCUGAACCCCAACUCCUCUAUGGCGGCUCUCAUCGCUCAGUCUGAGGCCACACCAGCAGAUCAGGAUGUGGGAGACAGCAGCAGCGGCGGAUCUCAAGGCUUCUCCAUCAGAGCUUCUCCCAAGACCACCCCGCGCUCGCCCAUUGGUGGCCUGCAGAUCCGCUAUGACUCCUCAGGGUCGUUGCCGGGGUUGGGGGUGCUCGGAGGCGGAGGCGGCGAGACGCUGCCCCCGGUGGCCACCAGCAUCGAGCAGCUCCUGGAGAGGCAGUGGAACGAGGGGCAGAGCUUCCUGCUGCAGCACGGAGCGCAGGGAGACGUUGUGGGGAUGUUGAAGAGUCUCCACCAGCUGCAGGAGGAGAACAGGAGGCUGGAGGAGCAGAUCAACACUCUCACCAUGAAGAAGGAGAGGCUCCAGCUUCUCAGCGCUCAGUUGUCCGUGCCUUUCACCUCCACCGUCUCCUCCGCAGAUGUAAAGGGAGCCCAGCCUGGAGGUUCAGACUCUUCUUUACCUGUAGCAGCUCAGGACACGGCAUCAUGUGGCGGUCACAGCAGCAGCGGCUCCACCUCUUCGCUCUCCGCCUCUCCCUCUGUCUCCCAGAGUCCGCCUCAGCCGGCGCUUAACGGCGUUGCCACGGCGGCUGGUCUGGGUGGCGUGGCGGGGCUGAUAGGAGCUCUGGGGGCGGGGAACACUCUGGGAAUAGGGGGGAUCGUUGGAGCGUUGAACGGCGUGAUCCAGACUCCAGCGGGCACCGCCAGCCCUCACACGCAUUCUACAGGAGCGGCGCCCGUCAGUAGCAGCUCAGCAGCUAGUAAGAACAGCACCACACAACUGGGCCUGCUGUCUGAGCAGCAGAGACUCCUCCUGCAGCAGCAGCAGCUCCAGCAGCUGCUGUCCUCGCAGCCCUCAGCGGACCAGCAGCAGCAGGCGUUGUUCUACCGGCUGAUGCAGCAGCAUCAGGACCUCCAUCAGCUUCAGUCCCUCUCCUCCUCCACCCAGCUCCCCUCCUCUCAGCUGCCCAUCAACAACCUGCUGCCCGCUGCUCAGAGCCAAGGCACCAUCACAGCCAACCCCUUCCUGUCGCUGCAGCACGCACACACCGACACGCUCGGCCCAGGAGCGCAGAAGCCUCGGCUCGCCGAGAAAGCCGUGGGCGUCAUGGGCCAGGAGAAGACAUGACCGAGCAGGCUCGUUUGUUUAUUGAUUUUGAUUUUUUUUUCACUAAAAUAAUUAUACAGAGCUUUUCUAUCAGCCUGUUGGUCAACUUCAGAUCAUCGGCUGGAGAGAAGUCCAUCUUUCUGCUGGAUCCUUCUUUCCACACGUGCAAAAAAUCUGAGAAUAUAAGAAUUGAUGUUUUACAGCCACUAUUUGAGCCAGCUGGGGCUGUUUUUGCAGCAUUUCCUGGUUACAACCCUAAAUCCUGUUUGUACUAUUUAUUCCAAACUAACUUAGUUUGUUUUUAACUUUUGGGCUGCUUCUGUUCCAUAUUUUAUUUAAUGUUCUUGUCAGUAACUGUUUACUAGUGUCAUCAUGUAGCACUGGUGUGUGUUGUGUGUUUAAGUCAACUACCCAGAUAUUUUUUUAUUAUGUUUUAAGUCUAGUUCUGCUUUUUUUUUGGUCAUCGUGCUGAUGUUUUAUGUUUGAGUUCCUCUUUAGUUGAGAUGAUCAAGUCCCUGGUUUGUGUCGUCGUUCUGCUCUCCGUUGCUUCUCUCUCAGGGGCCUCAGCUGAACCCGAGCUGCAAACAGACAAUAAAAACGCAACAGCAGUACAUGAAUGGAUAAAUAAAUCUAUUUAAAAACAAACAAGCAUCCAGUUCUGUGGAACAGCACUGAACACAAGCAGAUGUGCGUUUGACAGCCGUCUCACAGCGGCCCCCCCAGGGGAGUUUUGGGUCAGGAUUGUGAAAAAGUUCUACACGUGUGUGCGUGUGUGUGUGUGUGUGUGUCCCCUUCGUCAAUGAAGCAAGCCCCAUACGGUCACCGCAGAAGCCUUGUUCUUUCUCUCGCUGUCUCUUCCCGGGCCAGAUACCGGAGGGGCCGCCCCCACCCCGCUGCACCUACCUCGACAACAGGACCUAAAAGGCCGACCGCAGCGGCCGCUUAUAACCCACCACAGUCUGGACCGGCCAAUCAGGGUCCGAACCCAAAGUGCCUGAGGCCAAACGGAGGAGGGGGAAGGAGGCGGGGCUUAGCUGCAUAACUCCAGACAAACACCCUGCCGUCAGGCUGGACUUGCUGUCUCUUUUUCAUAAUAAAACUCUGAAACAGUUUUUUAUUUAUCUGAAGCGCAUGUCUAACGGGGAUGAGAUGGGCUCUAGUUUAAAAGCGAUUCAGCUUCAUUUUGUACUACUGUGGACUGUUCCUUUGUUUUCCCUCACUCGGUCUAACUUUGCUGUAAAUCCUUUCUAAUCGUGUUCAGAAGCUCUGAGCUAUUUAACAGUAGGCUGAUUGGGCGGGGCUGUGUAUAUGUGUGGGGGAGGGCACCGUUUUUACCUCGGUAAGUGUACAUACAGCGUUCUGAUUGGUGUACAUAGGUGAUCGUGAGUGGCCGUGCUGGUGUGAACAGACGCUUUAGGACCAGACAAAGACUGGGCACACAAAAGUAUUAAUUUAUUUUUCUAUGUGCAGGGACUUUGUGUUUCUUUUCCUUUUUGAAGUUUUGCACCAGUCUGUUGAUGGUUUUAUAAUCUGGGCACCAUGGUCUAAUUUGUUUGUUUGGGUCCUUUUUGUACAAGUGGAAAAUAUUGUGGGAGAGGGAAUCUGACGUAUUUAAAAUAAAAAAAUAAACACUCGGAUUAAGAAAUAUA